AUUGUAAUUUUUAAGAUUUCAAUAGCGGCGCGUUUGUGUUACGAAGUUACUAACUAAACUCGAUCGAUAACAUAAUUUUAAUGUCAAUGGUAAAAAAGUAUUGCAAGUGCAUCGUCGUCUGAUUAACAUAAAUAUGAUGAUUAUUAUGGCACAUGUUUGAUUAACGGUAUGAAGUUAUUGUCCAAUAGAUCUAGUAAAUGCGCUGGAUAACAAUAUAAAUCAUCAACAAUGUGGAUUAUACCUGUAUUACGAUGCCGGAGAAGUUUGUAUUUAUCGAGGGUGCCGAUGGUAGUUUUCGAGGGAAAAGUACGCUUCAUGGCAUCAUAUUUAAAAUAUGCCGAACACAAAUCAAUCGAAAAAAUUAGAAAUAUAGGAAUCUCGGCUCACAUAGAUUCUGGUAAAACUACUUUAACAGAGCGCAUUCUUUAUUAUACUGGACGAAUUGAGAAAAUGCACGAGGUAAGAGGAAAAGAUAAUGUUGGAGCUGUGAUGGAUAGUAUGGAAUUAGAGAAACAGCGUGGAAUUACCAUUCAAUCGGCUGCGACUUAUACUAUAUGGAAAGAUUAUAAUAUUAAUAUAAUCGAUACACCUGGUCAUGUAGACUUUACCGUCGAAGUUGAAAGGUCCUUACGUGUUUUGGAUGGUGCAGUUUUGGUACUCUGUGCGGUCGGUGGAGUCCAGUCGCAAACUUUAACAGUUAAUAGACAGAUGAAACGUUACAAUGUACCUUGUUUAGGAUUUAUUAACAAAUUAGAUCGAAUUAAGGCAGAUCCUAGAAGAGUUUUGGAGCAAAUGAGAACUAAAUUGGGACACAAUGCAGCUUUACUUCAGUUGCCAAUUGGUAAAGAGAGUAACGUAGUUGGAGUAGUAGAUCUAAUUGAGAAUAAAGCUAUUUAUUUUGAGGGUGAUUGCGGGGAAAUUAUGAGAGAGGACCAAGUACCGCUAGAUAUGAAAGAAGAAGUCGAAGAUUCAAGGAAUGAACUAAUCGAGCAUGUAACUGAUGUGGAUGAAAAACUUGGAGAUUUAUUUUUAAACGAAACUAAAUUUACGAAACAGGACUUGAAGGAUGCCAUUCGAAGAACAUGCUUGAGCAGAACAUUUACUCCUGUUUUAGUUGGAACGGCUUUAAAAAAUAAAGGUGUACAAUUAUUACUUGAUGCAGUUUUAGAUUACCUACCAAAUCCUGGAAAUGUUAAUAAUUAUGCUUAUUUGGAAAAAGAAGAAAAAGCUGAAAAAUUAGUAUUAAACCCUGAGCGCUCUGAAAAGCAUGGUUUUGUGGGUUUAGCUUUCAAAUUAGAAGUUGGAAAAUUUGGACAACUAACUUAUUUCAGAUGCUACCAAGGGAUGUUGAAAAAGACCGAUAAUAUUUAUAAUACAAGAACUAAAAAGAAAGUUCGAGUUUCACGUUUGGUGCGUCUUCAUUCAAACACAUUGGAAGAUGUUAAUGAAGUAUACGCCGGAGAUAUAUUUGCAUUGUUUGGAAUUGAUUGUGCCUCUGGUGAUACGUUUGUUACUAAAGGCGAUCUAGCAAUAUCGAUGGAACCGAUAUUUAUACCCGAGCCCGUUGUUUCCAUGUCGAUUAGCCCACAGAAUAUAAAAGAUCGCGAUAAUUUUUCAAAGGCAAUUGCAAGAUUUACCAAAGAAGAUCCUACAUUGCAUAUUACUUACGAUGUUGAUAAUAAACAAAGCAUAAUUUCUGGAAUGGGUGAAUUGCAUUUGGAAAUAUAUUCUCAACGUAUGCAGCGUGAAUAUAAUUGUCCAAUUAUAUUUGGUAAACCAAAAGUUGCUUUUAGAGAAACCUUAAGUGCUCCGUGUGAGUUUGAUUAUCUUCAUAAAAAACAGACCGGUGGUGCAGGACAAUAUGCUCGUGUUAUUGGAGUUUUGGAGCCACUUCCACCAAGCAGAAACACUAAUAUAGAGUUUAAAGAUGAAACUAUAGGGACUAAUGUUCCCAAACAAUUUAUGCCUGGUGUACAAAAAGGCUUUUUGUCAAUGUGUGAAAAGGGUCUCUUAACUGGUCAUAAAUUAGCUGGCUUAAAACUCAGAUUGAUAGACGGUGCUAACCAUAUGGUCGAUUCAUCAGAACUUGCGUUCUUCUUAGCUACUCAAGGAGCUAUAAAACAGACAUUCGAAACCGGUAAUUGGUAUGUUCUAGAGCCUAUUAUGGCCGUCGAAGUUACAGGUCCUAUAGAAUUUCAGAGCGUAAUAAUAAAUCACUUGAACAAAAGGCAAGGUAUCAUCACUGGACAGGAGCAAAUCGAAGAGUGGUUUACUAUUUAUGUUGAAGUACCGCUGAAUGAUAUGUUUGGAUUUUCAUCGCAAUUGCGGUCGUUUACUCAAGGCAAGGGAGAAUUUUCAAUGGAGUACAGUAGAUAUAGUCCUUGUGCACAGGAGGUACAGGAUCGACUUAUUCAAGCAUUUCAAGAAAGUAUGGGUGUAACUCAAAAGCAAAAAAGAUCAAAUUAAAUAACAAUUAGUUAUUUAUUCGGCGUACG